CAGGUGAUGAUGGGGGUAUUGAAUCAUCUCUCUACUCUACUCCUUCUCUCUCUCCUUCCUCCUGCUUUCUCUCAUGUAGUGAAGAAGUUCAGUGAUGUUCCAGAGUGCACAGAGUUUUUCCUGGGGGGGACAACUCCAAAUCUCCCAGGUAUUUUGGUUGGUGGGACAGUCAAGGACCAGAACCGCUACAAGCCGAUCUGCCAGUUGUUUGAAUACACGAAGAAAAAUGUUGUUUACAAGACCUACAUGUUUGCAACUCUCUACGACACGACCAACAGGAUCCCUGUGUUCUCAGCCUACACCUUCACUGGGGUUGGAUCGAGCGAGAAAAGACCAGAUAAAUGGAUGAUUGAACCUCAGCUGGACGGAGGAAUUGACACAGUUAUGAGUCUGGAGACACAAGAAGUCACUUACACACACCAGGCUGUCAAUCAGGAUUAUGAUAAAGAUGGUAAAAACAAGAAGGUGAACAUAGGUCACAUUUUUCCAAAAUCUUUUGCUCACCAACCUGUUAAUCAGAACUCCACCUUUACCCUGACAAACUCUGUUCCUCAAGUAAAGACAUUUAAUGAAGGUAGCUGGGGAACGAUGGAGUGUAAGGUUAGAAAGAUUCUCCUGAAGCAGUGUCUAGAUAAUAACGUUAUCAAGGCCUAUGUGGUGACUGGAGCGGUGCCCAGUAAGAGCAACACACUGAACAACCGAGUGAACAUCCCAGAUAUCAUGUGGACAGCCUACUGCUGUUUGAACAAGAAGAACAAGUGGAUGGCUGAAGCACACUGGGGGGAGAACAAAGAGGAACCGAACAAACAAGUAUUGAACCCCCAUACCUUGGCAGAGCUGUAUGACAUGUUGAAGCAGCAUUACCCAGGUGAUGUCCAGGUUUUCCCAGAGAAGUGUCUAAGAGGUUCUUCUCAGACAGAGAGAGAGAAGAGCAGAGAGAGGGAGGUAGGAAGUGGGGAUAUUAGCAGGAAAGGGUUAAUGGAAUGUGAUGAGGAUUGUAAAUGUGUCUCUUUGUAGGUGACACAGAUCAUUCCCUGUCCCAGACUUUGGUCCAGCGACAACACAGACAACUAUAAAAUACAUUCUUCCAUGCGAGACCAGGGUUCAAGCCCUGAGUCAAAUCUUUAAAUUCUGUACUUACUUCUACUUUCACUUCUAUGUCUAUAAAUCACAUGAAAGGGAAUGGAAUUCUGUAGAAAAUAAAGUUUAAUUGAUUUAUGAUAUAAAGACAUGAUUGUUGUUAAUGCAUGGGCCAACAGUUUGUCAGGUUCUGACUGCCUUGUGAC